CGGCGGCUGCAGAGAGCCUGGGAGGAGGAGGCGGGACGCGGGAGGAGGCGGCGGCGGCGGCGGCGGGCGGAGACGUGAAAGCGGCAGCAUGUCGGCCGGCGGAGCGCCAGUCCCGCCGCCCCCGAACCCUGUCGUGUCCUUCCCGGCGCCCCGGGUCACCCUGCCUGUUGGCCCCGACAUCCUGAGGACCUAUUCCGGCGCCUUCGUCUGCCUGGAGAUUGUGCUUGGGGGGCUCGUCUGGAUUUUGGUUGCUUCCUCCAAUGUUCCUUUACCUCUGCUGCAAGGAUGGGUCAUGUUCGUGUCUGUGACAGCUUUCUUCUUUUCCCUCCUCUUCCUGGGCUUGUUCCUCUCUGGUACAGUGACUCAGAUUAAUGCCAACUGGAACUUCCUGGAUUUUGCCUACCAUUUUACAGUGUUUGUCUUCUACUUUGGAGCCUUUCUGCUGGAAGCAGCAGCCACCUCCCUGCAUGACCUGCAGUGCAACACAACCAUGGCUGUGUGGCCUCUCCUGGACGACAACCAGUACAACAUCAAUGUGGCAGCCACAAUUUUUGCCUUUAUGACAACUGCUUGUUAUGGUUGUAGCUUGGGUCUGGCUUUACGAAGAUGGCGACCGUAACACUCCUUGGAAACUGAUAGUCUUGUGCUAAUUUCAUUUGUCUACUUAAUAUGUCUGAUCACUUUGAAUGCCAUUUGUCCAGAUGUAACAUUCCAAGCAUAUUUCCUUAGUACAGAGAGAACCUAAGCGAAAGCUGGUGUUCGUUACAUGGGUGGAAUUUUAACUUUAUUAUGUUAGAAAAGUAUUCUUUCAUUUCAUGUCUCUUUCUUUUCUUUUUAAAGAAAGUUUUACUAUAUCCAUAAAAUACACAGACACUCUUCACAAAAAAAAAAAUAGAACUCCUCUGUUUGGUUGUUAAGUCACCUUAACCUUAAAAAGAAUAAGUAAAUCAAUCAUAAACAGGCUUUUCAUUUAAUACUAUCUUUAAUGUAAAACAGGAAUUGAUACUCUUUCUAUAAAAGGGUCAGGUGGCACAUAUGUAGGCUUAAGAGGUCAUAUGGUCUCUGAAGACUGUUCAAUUCUAUGGUAGCUCAAAAGCAGCUAUAGACAACAUGUAAAUAAAUAAAACUUUAUUUACAAGGGGAGAGCAAGGCUGGAUUAGGCCCACAGGCUACAGUUUUAUCAACUACUUCCAUGAAAACCUUAGGUGUUCUGCAUUUUAUUGAACUAAUCAUGAAAGUUUAUAAACCCCAUUAGACAAGCUGCAUAAUAUAUUUAGUCUCAUUAUGCAAUAAUAACAUUGCCUUUUGUUAAUGGUCAGAUACUUACCCUUGGAAGGGCAUAUAGUUUCUUAUGCUAACCCCAGCAGAGCCUUCAGUAUAGAGAAAAAUAAUGUAUGAAAUAAAUCCCAUUUGUUUAAUCAAACUAAUAGCUUAGCAACACUCUCAUAUGAGAGUGCAUAAGCCAGGGUCCCCAGAGACCUUUAAUCACUACUGGAACUGGUAUCCAGCUACUGAUAUCUUGCUUUAGUUUAUUUAUGCUUUAGAAUAUGGUUGUUUGCCCUGUGCAUGAAUAUAUAAAUAUUUAUGUAUGUAAAGCUUUUCCAAAUAGCUCUCUAAAGAGUUAACUUUUUACUGAUUGUUUUUCCAUUACUUUCUGAGUUAAAUUCGAGUAGAAUAUUAAAUGUCAUAAAGCUAGAGAUUCUUGCGUGUCUUGAUAAUAGCCCAGAUAUCUAUGUUGUUUUUGCAUUUGUGACAAAGUUGGCUUUGAAACAAUAGCUAGCAUAAAAGUGGGCUCUGACUAAAUAGUACAGAACACAGUCUUAACCCUCCUACCGACACUGGGUAUGACAACGUACCAAAAAAAUGGCUUAAAUGAAAGAACAAGUUAGGGUUAGGCCACAGUUCCUACCACCUUCUCCAUGCUUAGAACUCCCUUGUUACUCUAGCAGAGCUGCCUCUGGAAAGGGGAUUUUGGAUUGGUUUAUUCUUUCAGCAUACAGCUUCCUAGCUGGUACAUCACCAGUUUCUUAGCUGGUACAUCACCUACAAGUGCCAUGUGCAAGUUGGAAUAUUGGAUUUCAUGGAACAGAAAAGUUGUGACUGAAUAGCAUGACCAGUGCCCGGUGCUCUAAGGCUUUUAUCUAAUAUUCUCCUGGAAGAAGAACCUUAUCAGAACUCGGUUGGAGAUACAGAUAUAAAGAAAGAUGAGAUAUAUUUCAGUAUGUGGCUUGAAGAAAUCAGUCUUAAGGUUUUAUAUUUCUGUCAUGUCUUUUCUAUAAUACCUGGUGUCCUUGAUUUUUCUAGCUCCAUACCACACAUCCAAUCCUGUAUUAUGAAUUAUAUAUUAUGAAGUUAUAAAUGUGCCAUAAAGAUAUGUUAUGCAUUCUACUAGGAAUUACUAAAAGGUAGUGGUAUUAUUAUGGAAUUUAGUUGUGAGAUUUAUUGUUUGCCAAGGCAUAACAGGCCAUGCUGGGUGGUAUUAACUUAAAUGAUUUCAUUCGAAUGUAUUGGUGACACUUUUGUAAAUGAAUUACUUCUAGAUUAUUAAGAACCACACCCAAAGCUCAGUAACUGUGAAUACUUAGAUUUGUAGAUUGACUGCAUUCUAGAGUCAUGAACUGAGUGACAAAGAGUUUGAACAAAAAAUAUGGCCUUUAAGAAUCUCUUUACAUAUCUUAGCUGUAAAAAUGAGAAAGUAUUGGUUGGUCUUAAAAUUCUGAUAACUCCAUGAUGACAAGAAAUUUAUUUUAUAAGCGUUAUGACUAAUAAAGUAUUCAUUUGAUAA